AUGGGUGCUGCAGAGCCCCAAACUUUGGCAUCAUUGAAUUCAACAAAGUACACAAACAAGUUCUUUCUACUGCUCUUCAUGGUUCACAAGGUAGCAGCUGUUGGGUUUGUAUGCUUCCUUGUCUUCAGAGGAGUACAAGGUCUAAUUGGAUCCAAUGGUAGUGUCAAAAGGAAAGAGCAAAAGAUCAUCAGAUUUCUACUUCCACAAGUCGAAGCUGCAUCGUUCUUGAGCAUCGUAAUCGCGUUCCUCUGGCAAUUGGCAUUCAGGAUUUGGCCUGAUUUCAUGAUUCACUUCAUUCUUUGGAGUACCUUUUUGAUGUCUCUAUCGUCGGGAAUUCUAUUACUGUGUUUCCAGAUGCCAGCUACCGAUGCUAUCGGGGUUUGCCUUAUUGCAUUCUCUAUUGGCAAUGGUUUAUAUGCUUGCUGGGUCACGCGUAGGAUCAAAUUCUGUUCCAAGAUAUUGGUCAAGUCGUUAGAACCUGUUUCUAAGUUCUCGGAUCUUAAUCUACCAACCUACUACAUGCUAGCUGCUGGUUUCCUCUGGAUGUCUCUUUGGAUUUUCGGUGUAAUCGGUGCCUUGAACUUCUAUUAUCCGCCACUAGUGAUUAUUGGCUUGGUGUUGAGCUUGCUUUGGACGACGGAAGUUAUGAGGAAUGUUGUUAAUCUAACUGUGAGUCGGGUCGUUGCUUUGUACUAUCUUCGGGGAAUGCAGUCUAGUACACGGUUUAGUUUCCAAAGGGCUUUGUCUCGUAACCUUGGGAGCGCUUGUUUGGGAUCUUUGUUUGUUCCAACAAUCGAAGCACUAAGAAUCGUGGCAAGAGGACUGAAUUUGCUCAAAGGUGAAGACGAGUUCAUGUUUUGCUGCGCUAAUUGCUGUCUCAAACUCAUGGACUUCAUAUUCGAGCACGGCAAUGGCUGGGCCUUUGUGCAGAUAGCAGCGUACGGGAAAGGAUUUGUGAGGGCGUCGCAAGAUACGUGGAAACUGUUUGAGGAUGUAGAUAUGGUUGAGAUCAUAGAUGCAGACAUAACAAGCGCUAUCUGCUUCCUCACAGGGAUCUGCAGCGGCUGCGUCUGUAUUAUUGUCGCGGCCGCUUGGACACAUACGGUUUACAAACCUUUUACAGCAACCAUUUCCUUACUUGCCUUCUUCAUUGGAUACCUCAUGACGAGGAUCUCAAUGGCAUUGCCUCACGCCUGCGUAGGUUGUUACUACACAUGCUACGCCGAAAAUCCGGAGAGCAGAUUCUUCGACAAAACUAUAAAAGAUCGGCUAGCUUUGAUCCGAAACGGCCGUGUUGUUGUUUCGACCCCUAGAGUCCGCCGUGCUGCUUAUAACGUCUAG